AUGGGACUGCCGCCACCAGGCCCGCCAUGGUCCUCCGCCGCGUGCCUCCGCACCCGCCAUGGCCGCCGCCGCGCGGCUCCACCUCACCAUGACGGAUCACCGCGCACCCCUCCGCGUGGCAAGGAGGUGGUGGCGGUGGACCGAAUCUGGCUGCCGCGCCCGGCUGUCUCCGGCGCGCGGGCCAGCGAGCCAGCUCCAACACGCCUAGCGUCGCGCCUGGCCGCCACCGGCACACGGGCCGGCGAGACAGCUCCACCGCCUGUGCAGGGAGGGGAGGAGAGGAGAGAAGAGGAGAGUGAGGGCCCGCCAUGGACCUGCAGGGAGGAGAGGAGAGUGAGGGCAGCGCCUUGCGCCGGCGACUGGGGUGCGAGGAGAGGCGCUAGCGAGGGGGGUGCGAGGAGCGGUGCCGGCGAGGGCGUGCACUGGGAGAGCAGGGGGUGCGAGGAGGAAGAUAGAAGAGAGAGAGGUGGUGGCCCACCUAUCUACAAGAAGAUCAAGCACUUGCGUGCCCUGGCCACGCGGACUGCUACUGGAGGGGCGGCGCAACAGGGGUGGCGUGCCCUGGCCGUCCGCGGCUCUUGGGGCGCCGGCUCCUGGUGGCUGCUGCAGGACGCCGAUUCCAAGGAGCGGCGGCUGUAG